AUGUGGAAUUCGGUGCCAGAUGCAAGCGCUGUAGCGCCGUAUCUGGAUUCACUGACCCUCAUCUCUUCUGUUGGCUGUGGGAUCUCUGUGUUUUUUCUGGCCAUCGCUCUGUUCAUGCAUUUCUUGCUGCGGAAAGCUAAAUCCAAUCAGGCCACAAAAAUCCUGAUCAACAUAUUAGUGGCCCUUUUUUUCCUGAAUGUGUCUUUUCUGUCGAACGAGAGUGUGGCAAACUCAGGAGACAAGAAUGCUUGUGUCUUCAUAGCUCUGCUGAUGCAUUACUCCAUGCUGACCACAUUCACCUGGUUCUUCAUUCAAGCUCUUCAUAUGUACUUAUGGCUCAUCCGACAGAACGUCACCAUCACAAACUACAUGAGGAAGAUCACCGUGUUGGGCUGGGGUGUUUCGAUGCCGAUAGUCGUGGCCGUUCUUUCUACAGGAGGAUAUAAAGCAGUGACCCUGAGCUCAACAUCUGGAAAAAUUGCACGAAUGUGCUGGAUUACAGAUCUCUUCAUUCAGUACAUAGUGAACAUCGGCUUCUACAGCCUAGUUUUCAUCUUCACGACAAUCAUCUUCAUCAUCAGCGUCACAAAUAUAUUCCAGUCCAGAGACAUAAGAGCGACUGAGGGCAAGAGACUGACGUUCAGAAAGCAGCUGAUGAUGGUGUUGAGUUUGUUUUUUCUGUUUGGUCUGACGUGGGCUGUUGCCUUCUUCAGUUAUGGACCGAUGCUCAUUCCCUCAUAUUACAUCUUCUCUGUACUCAACUCCUUUCAAGGGUUUUUCCUCUUCCUGUAUUACUAUCACAUUCACAAUGAUGUUGCAGGUCAUUUUUCUGAUGACCCAGGAAGCUCAAGCACCACCUCAUCUAUUGUCAAAGUCAGCAAUGCUGUGGACAAUAUUUAUAAUUAAUUUUAUUAAGACAGAAGGGUUUCUGUGCUUUUUACACUUUGUUGACUCACUGUUUAACUAAUUAAGUGGGGAAAACUGUGUGUUCUCAUCUACAAAUAAAAACAGAAAAGCAUAAAGACAACAGCACUUCUAAUCAAAGAUGAACUCUUUAAAAUGACAUAUAAACAUUUUAAAGAGUUCAGAUUAGAUUCG